AUUAUACUUACGAUGAAAAUGAAUUUAAGAUUCUCCAGUUCAGUUUAUCAUGGCAGGAUCGCCAAUGUGAUAUUCUCCUUUCCGCGGAUAUCCACUCAUAUAUCACAGACACUCGUUCGCGGCCUCUGGCUCAACGCAAGCCACCGUCCUUACGCACUCUGGCCCACUGCUACACGCUAACCCAAUCAUACUCAAUGUGGAUAUCACAUAAUUCAGGAUACCACACCAACCACCAACCCAUUAUCGGCACCCAGUAAUCUUUCGGCGUCUCGUGUGAAUUCUUCAGCGGUGUUUUCUAAGUUUGGUGUUGAUUAUGCUGGGCCGUUUCUGUUGGAACCUCAAAUGCGAAGUACGAAAUCAUUUAAGGCUUACGUAGUCGUCUUUGUCUGCAUGACGGACCAGCACCAUCUAGAGAGGAUGGAUGAAUUUUGUGCUGUGAAGGGAAUCACUUGGCAUUUAAUUCCUCCCAUAAGCCCUCACUUUGCUGGGAUCUGGGAGGCAGGUGUAAAAUCGCUCAAGCAUCACAUGAAAAGGAUUGUUCGAGAAACACGAAUGACUACAGAAGAAAUGAACACUUUCCUUACUCAAACAGAAGCGAUUUUGAACUCACGUUCCCUUUGCGCGAUGUCGGAGGAUCCGAAUGAUUUCGGUAUUCAACAUUUUUUGAUUGGGAGAUCAGCGGUUGCUAUACCAGAACCUUCCUAUACGUCCGAGAAGAUCAAUCGAUUAAAACGAUGGGAACAUAUCCAACGAAUGCAGCAGCAUUUCUGGACUAGGUGGUCAAGGGAGUAUUUACGUCAAUUGCAGACUCGUCAGAAAUGGCACGGUACACUAAAGGAGUUCAAGGUUGGAGCACCAGUGCUGUUGGUCUACGAAAACUUACCCUCGCAGCAGUGGCGGUUAGGAAGAAUUGUGAAAUUACAUCCUGGGGAGGAUACGGCCGUUCGAGUGAUUACUGUUCGAACCACUGCUAAUGAAUUCAAACGAGCCGUAACUAAAAUUGCAUUGCUACCAUCUGUUGAGCUAUUAUAUGAUUUUUAUCUAUGAAUUUUCUUGCUUGAAUUACUUUUAAUUUUUACCUGACAACAUUGUUG